AUGCAGCCAUUCACUGUUGCACAGCACUGUGCGCCACAUGGGAGACCACACCUCUUAAAUUUAUGGCUUAUUGCCAAGCUUAACAUUGGAUUCUGAGACAACAUUUUUUUUUUACUAUUUGGCGUUGACGGUUGCUAAGAAACCGAGGACCAGUCAGCACUUUAAAAAAAAAAAAACAAAUGAAAUCGGUUUGUAGCUAAGCGUUCUGCGCGUUUGCAAACGAUAUCACCUGGAGUUGACGUUACGUUAAUAGCUACUUUUUGCACGCUCUGUAAUUCUAGUUCCUUGAUCAAAAUGUCCUGUGCCACAUACCUGCGUGCCGCCCGACCAAAAUCGAUGAGCCAUGCUCAGCACUGGACGGAUGAAGUGGAAAAUCUGUACAGAUUUCAGCAAGCCGGUUAUAGGGACGAAACUGAGUACAAGCAAAUCAAACAAGUUGACAUGAUUGAUCGGUGGCCUGAAACUGGCUUUGUGAAAAAGCUACAGCGACGAGAUAACACAUUCUAUUACUACAACAGAAAAAGGGAAUGUGAUGACAGGGAGGUCCAUAAAGUGAAAGUGUAUGCAUACUAAGCCUCAUAUGUCUUCACUGGAGUUUUAAUAUAUGGAAUGCUCUUAUAUAAGCACUCAUUAGCAUUUGUGUACAUGGAAUGAAACAAGGAAUUAAACAAGAUUUCUGUUAGUGCAGAUGAAACUGAAAAUAUACUUUUAUUUGAUUAGACUUUUUUCUGUAAAAUAAUGAAACAUCUGAAAUUAAGUAAUAAAUUUAAAAAAUGUGAAGUAUAACUA